AACUUCUAAACAACCCAAUAACAAGAGCUGACAAAGACAAGAGAAAACAACAACACCAACUUCUUUAAGAUGCAUUGAGCAUUCACAACUCUUUCUCUAUAAAUAGCUACUCAUGCAAAGCAAUUCUGCACCAUCCAAGCAAAGAGCAUAUAUCGAUCAUAGAGAGUUAGCAUCAUCUGAAAAAUGGUGACUGCGCAUUUUGUUCUGAUUCAUACCAUUUGCCAUGGUGCAUGGAUUUGGUAUAAGCUCAAACCAGCCCUUGAGAAAGCUGGCCACAAAGUCACUGCAUUGGACAUGGCAGCCAGUGGUAUUGAUCCAAGGCAAAUUGAGCAGAUUAAUUCGUUUGAUGAGUACUCCGAACCCUUAUUGACUUUCUUGGAGAAACUCCCUCGAGGGGAGAAAGUGAUCAUUGUUGGUGAGAGCUGUGCAGGGCUCAACAUUGCUAUUGCUGCUGAUAAAUACCCUGAAAAGAUUGCAGCUGGUGUUUUCCACAAUUCCUUAUUGCCAGACACCGUUCAUAGCCCAUCUUACACUGUGGAUAAGCUUAUGGAGUCGUUUCCUGACUGGAAAGACACAGUGUAUUUUAAAUACGCUAAUAACAGUGGAGAGACAAUUACUGCAUUGAAGCUGGGCUUCACACUUUUGAGGGAAAAUUUGUUCACCUUAUGCCCUCCUGAGGAUUAUGAACUGGCGAAAAUGUUAACAAGGAAGGGAUCGUUAUUUCAAAACAUUUUAGCAAAGAGAGAGAAGUUCACUGAGAAAGGUUAUGGAUCAAUUAAGAAAGUUUAUAUAUGGACCGACCAAGAUAAAAUAUUUUUACCAGAAUUUCAACGCUGGCAAAUAGCAAACUACAAACCAGACAAGGUUUACCAGGUGCAAGGUGGAGAUCAUAAGCUUCAGCUUACUAAGACUAAGGAGAUAGCUCAGAUCCUCCAAGAAGUGGCUAAUGCUUAUGCUUGAAGCAUUUAAUUGCUAUCAAGUGAAUGUGGGUGCAUCUAUAAAUAAUCUCACAUUUUCAUGUGAGAACUAAAUUGCACCAAAAUAAGAGUUGUUGUUUAGUUUUACUGUUUUAUGUUGGAGUUUUUCGUGUUCAAGUAUCUCCUGUUAUGCUCUUUUCCAUAAUUAAAUAAAUAAACUUAUCCAAUAGGUGUUUUGCUAUCA